GAGUCAAGGUAUUAUUGAAGAAAAAAUCAAUAAUCAACUUUGACGCAACUGAUUAGCAAUUUAACUGUCAACAUCCAACUCUCCUUGAUUUGAUUCGAGCUUGCCGGUUGCCGGCCAAAUUAUUCAAACAACCACAGAAAUUCCAACAGAAAAACAUAAACAUCAGCGACAAUUCUUCAUCGUGGAUGCGAAAUCCCGAAUCCCCAGAAGAGAAAUGUUGUUCUUCAAACCUCUGUUUCUGUUGUUCCUCCUCCUCUCGCCACUCUGCGCAUCCCGUAUCCCGAGAAGGGAAAUGUUCUUCAAACCUCUGUUUCUGUUCUUCCUCCUCCUCUCGCCACUCUGCGCAUCCAUUGACACCAUAACACUCAACCAACAGCUCAAAGACGGCGACUCUAUAGUCUCCAAAGACAGAAAAUUUGAGUUGGGAUUCUUCGGGCCCGACAACUCUAGUAGUUCCAGGUACGUCGGAAUCUGGUAUGCAAAUCAACCUGAAAAAAACAGUGUUUGGGUGGCAAACAGGGACAAGCCCAUCAACGAUAGUUCUGGAGUUCUAGCAAUUAACAGGUACGGAAUUCUGGUUCUUUCUGCUGCUGGGAACAUUUCCAUUUGGUCCACGGAUGCGUCUGUCCAUGUCCAAACCAGAAGCACUUUUGUAGCUCAGCUUUUAGAUUCCGGAAAUUUAGUGGUUUUCCAAGAAAAUAAAAGUGAGAGCUUUAUUUGGCAGAGUUUUGAUUACCCAACUGACACUUUACUUCCAGGAAUGAAAGUUGGGUUCAAUUGGAAAACUGGGUUGGAAUGGAAAUUGACAUCUUGGAAUUCCGAAAAGGACCCUGGAACCGGGGACUACAGUUUUAGGGUAGUUCCCAAUUCAACUGCCACCCCUCUAAUUGUUGUGUUUAAGGGUUCGAGCAAGUAUUGGAGAUCUGAUCCCGGGCCGUGGCCGACUUUUGUGAGCAAUGAUGAGGAAAUGUCCUAUUAUUUUGUUCCGAAUGAUAGCGACUCUGUAGCACGAUCGGUGUUGAGGGAUUAUGGAUUGUAUCAACAACUGAAAUGGAAUGAUGCUGAUGAUCAUUGGGAGGAAUAUUGGGCUGCACCAAAAUAUCGGUGUGACAAGUACGGACAGUGUGGUGCUAACAGCAGAUGUAGCCCUGACAAUUUUAAUGCGUUUCAGUGUGAGUGCUUACCUGGGUUUGAACCGAAAUCUGUGAAUGAUUGGAAUCGGAGAAAUGGGUCAGAUGGGUGCGUGAGUAAGCGAAUUGGGGGGUUGAAAUGUGAAAAUGGGGACGGGUUCGUGACGGUUCAAAGAGUGAAAGAUCCAGAUGCAUCGAUAGAAGCACGGUUGGUCAGAAGCAUGAGUGCUAAAGAGUGUGAGCAGGCGUGCUUAAACAAUUGUUCGUGCACUGCGUAUAUGAGCAUAGAGUGGGAAGGGCGGCUGGAUUGCAUGACAUGGCAAGAUGAUUUGAUGGACAUUGUAGGGCGCACAGAGUUGGGACGAGAUUUAUAUGUUCGCGUGGACAAAAUUGAAUUAGCUAAGCAUACCAGUAAAUCAAAAGGUUUUUUGAGACGGAGGGGUGCUCUGGCUAUUCCAAUAGUUUCGGUACUGCUGGCAUUGGUACUAAUCAUUGUGUUUGCCUGCUGGCAGCAAAAGAGAAAGAGUAAAACAAGAGCACGCACAGACUAUGCGGAGGUAGAUGAACUUGAGGAAGCUAAGAGACACCCUGAGUCGCAAUAUUUCAGUCUGAGCACCAUAAUAGCAGCCACAGAUAACUUCUCACCCAUUAACAAACUCGGCCAAGGGGGUUUUGGCAUUGUUUAUAAGGGCCACUUGCCAAAUGGUCAGAUUAUUGCUGUAAAAAGAUUGUCAAGAACUUCAGGACAAGGGGUCGAAGAAUUCAAAAAUGAAGUUGUGUUGAUAGCAAGACUUCAACACAGGAAUCUGGUGAAACUUUUGGGCUGUUGUGGCUGUUGUAUAAAUGGAGAAGAAAGGAUAUUAGUCCUGGAACACUUGCCAAACAAAAGUUUGGAUUACUUUCUUUUUGAUCACAGAAGAAGGUCCUUGUUGGAUUGGGAUAAGCGUUUUGAAAUAAUCAAUGGGGUUGUUCGUGGGAUUCUGUAUCUUCAUCAGGACUCAAGAGUUAGGAUUAUCCAUAGGGAUCUAAAAACCAGCAAUAUUCUUCUAGAUGCUGAGAUGAACCCGAAAAUUUCAGAUUUCGGCAUGGCAAGAAUAUUCCAGGGGGACCAACUGCGGGAUAAGACCAACAGAAUUGUUGGAACAUAUGGCUAUAUGUCACCAGAGUAUGCAGUGUUUGGGAGAUUUUCAACAAAGUCGGAUGUCUUUAGUUUCGGGAUCAUAUUGUUGGAGAUUGUAAGCGGCAAGAAAAACAACGGUUUAUAUCAGGAGGAUCAUUCCUUGAAUUUGAUAGGACAUGUUUGGCAGCUGUGGAGAGAAGACAGAGCUUUAGAAGUUGUGGAUUCGUCAUUAGAGUCAUAUCAGUCCGAGGAAGUCAUGAGAUGCAUUCAGGUUGGGCUUUUGUGUGUGCAAGAAGAUUCAGCGGACCGCCCAACCAUGGCAGCCAUUGUUUUCAUGUUGAGUGGCGAAACAUCUCCUCCAGCUCCUAAGCAGCCUGCAUUUGUCUUCAGAAAAAAAUCUCGUAGUAAUGCCGAUCCAUCAGUUUCGAACGAAUCAUGUUCUAUAAACAACUUGACAAUAACUAAAUUUCAAGCUCGAUAUGAUUAUGUUGGAGAACACAACCAGAGAUCCCAAGCCUUAAUUCUCAUUCAAAUCCUAAUUACUAGUGUUAGAGACAAACCUAAUAUAAAACCUAUUGAAGCACAAAACUCCAGCCGAUUAUUCUUCGACGAAGCUGAUAUGACUGUCAACAUCCAAAGUCUCUUUGACUCGAGCCAUGCUUGCCAGUUGCCGGGUAAACUAGUCCACUCAAAUAAGCAGCAGAAAUUCAUCGUAGAUGCGAAAUCCCAAAUCCCCAGAAGAAAAAUGUUAUUCUUCAAGCCUCUGUUUCUGUUCUUCCUCCUCCUUAUGCCAUUCUGCACAUCCAUUGACACCAUAGCACUCAACCAACAGCUCAAAGACGGCGACACUCUAGUCUCCAAAGACAGAAAAUUUGAGCUUGGAUUCUUCAGCCCCGACAACUCCAGUAGUUCCACGUACGUCGGUAUCUGGUAUGUAGAUCAACCUCAAAAAACAGUUGUUUGGGUGGCAAACAGAGACACCCCCGUCAACGAUAGUUCCGGAGUUCUAGCAAUUAACAGGUACGGAAAUCUGGUUCUCUCUGCUGCUGGGAAUAUUUUGAUUUGGUCAACGAAUGUGUCUGUCCAUGUCCAAACCAGAAGCACUUUUGUAGCUCAGCUUUUAGAUUCUGGAAAUUUAGUGCUUUUCCAGGAAAAUAAAAGUGAGGGCUUUAUUUGGCAGAGUUUUGAUUACCCAACUGACACUUUACUUCCAGGAAUGAAAAUUGGGUUCAAUUGGAAAAGUGGGUUGGAAUUGAAAUUGACAUCUUGGAUUUCCGAAAACAACCCUGGAACCGGGGACUACAGUUUCAGGAUAGUUUCCAAUUCAACCGCCACCCCUCUAAUUGUUGUGUUUAAGGGUUUGAGCAAGUAUUGGAGAGCUGAUCCCGGGGUGUGGCCGAAUUUUGUAAGCAAUGAUGAGGAAAUGUACGAUUAUUUUACGCCGAGGGAAAACGGUUCUGUAGCACGAGCGGUGUUGAGGGAUUAUGGAUUGUUUCAGCAGCUGAAAUGGAGUGAUGCUGAUGAUCAGUGGGAGGAAACUUUCGCUGCACCAAAAUAUCGGUGUGACAAGUACGGACAGUGUGGUGCUAACAGCAUAUGUAGCCCUGACAAUGUUAAUCUGUUUGAGUGUGAGUGUUUACCUGGGUAUGAACCGAAAUCUGUAAAUAAUUGGAAUCAGAGAAAUGGGUCGGAUGGGUGCGUGAGUAAGCGAAUUGGGGGCUUGAAAUGUGGGAAUGGGGACGGGUUCGUGACGUUUCAAAGAGUGAAAGAUCCAGAUGCAUCGAUAGAAGCACAGUUGGUUAAAAGCAUGAGUGAUAAAGAAUGUGAGCAAGCGUGCUUAAGCAAUUGUUCAUGCUCUGCGUAUAUGAGCAUAGGGUCGGAAGGGCGGAUUGAUUGCAUGACAUGGUACGAUGAUUUGAUGGACAUUUUAGUGCGCACAGAGUUGGGAGGAGACUUAUAUGUUCGCGUGGACAAAAUCGAAUUAGGUAAGCAUACCAGCAAAUCAAAAGUUUUUUUGAGACGGAGGGGCGCUCUGGUUAUUCCAAUAGUUUCGGUACUGGUGGCAUUGGUACUAAUCAUUGUGUUUGCCUGCUGGCGGCAUAAGAAAAAGAGCAAAACAAAAGACUACGUGGAGGUAGAUGAACUUGAGGAAACUAGGAGACACCCUGAGUUGCAAUAUUUCGACCUGAGCACCAUACUAGUGGCCACAGACAACUUCUCGCUCGUUAAUAAACUUGGCCAAGGGGGUUUUGGCACUGUUUAUAAGGGCCAGGUACCAAAUGGUCAGAUUAUUGCUGUGAAAAGAUUGUCAAGAACUUCAGGACAAGGGGUUAAAGAAUUCAAAAAUGAAGUUGCGCUGAUAGCGAGACUUCAACACAGGAAUCUGGUGAAACUUUUAGGCUGUUGUGUAAAGGGAGAAGAAAGGAUAUUAGUCCUGGAACACUUGCCAAACAAAAGUUUGGACUACUUUCUUUUCGAUCACAGAAGAAGGUCCUUGUUGGAGUGGGAUAAGCGUUUUGAAAUCAUCAACGGGGUUGCUCGUGGGAUUCUGUAUCUUCACCAGGACUCAAGAGUUAGGAUUAUCCAUAGGGAUCUAAAAACCAGCAAUAUUCUUCUAGAUGCUGAGAUGAACCCGAAAAUUUCAGAUUUCGGAAUGGCAAGAAUAUUCCAGGGGGACCAACUGCAGGACAAGACCAACAGAAUUGUUGGAACAUAUGGCUAUAUGUCACCAGAGUAUGCAGUGUUUGGGAGAUUUUCAACAAAGUCGGAUGUCUUUAGUUUUGGGAAUUUAUUGGAGAUUGUAAGCAGCAAGAAAAACAACGGUUUAUAUCAGGAGGAUCAUUCCAUGAACUUGAUAGGACAUGUUUGGCAGCUGUGGAGAGAAGACAGAGCCUUAGAAAUUGUGGAUUCGUCAUUAGAGUCAUAUCAGUCCGAGGAAGUCGUGAGAUGCAUUCAGGUUGGCCUUUUGUGUGUGCAAGAAGAUCCAGAGGACCGCCCAACCAUGGCAGCUGUUGUUUUCAUGUUGAGUGGCGAAGCAUCUCCUCCAGGUCCUAAGCAGCCUGCGUUUGUAUUCAGAAGCAAACCCUGCAGUAAUGCUGAUCCAUCAGUUUCGAAGGAAUCAUGUUCUAUAAACGACUUGACAAUAACUAAAUUUCAAGCUCGAUAAUGAUUCAGGCUUUUUUGCUUGCACAGUUAUCAAACUUCUAUUCUUUUUAUUUCUCUUAUAAUUGAGUCUGUUUCUGUACUCUUGCGUGACUAAAAGCCCUAGAUGAUCUGCACAGUAUAUCUUGUUUGUCUGUGAAGUGUAAUCAUAUAAUGUACACUGCGAAGUGAAGUCAUACCCUUUGAUUCUUUGAAGAAAAACUUAAAGCUUAUAAAGUGCCUAGCAGUAGCCCAAGUGGUGAGGGUAAGUGGAAAUAUGGGUUAGGAUUAGGCUAAGUUAAAGGAUUUCAUUCCGUCCAUUGUAACAAAAAAAUAAAUAAAUUAAAUCGUGCACGGACGUAUGCACUGUUUUUUCUGUGUCUC